ACUUUAUCAACGUGAACAUGGAUUGAAACAAGUCUCCGAGUAUUAGAGAUCUGUUGAGCUCAAAGUCUCACCCGCUUCUCUGUUACUCGUCUUCCUCCCUCUCUCACUCUCCUCUUCCUUCUGCUCAUUGGGAGUCCCCACUUCUGUUCUUCCUGAAAGCUGAGCUCUAGGAUUGAUCCAUGGCGAACGCCUGGAGGAAGAAUCCGGGCCUCCAUUGGACGUGGAAGCUCCUCCUCCUCACCUUCCCACUCACCCUUCUCCUCCUUUUCGUCCUCCUCCUCCGCCGCCCAGUUCCCUCCUUCGUCCAGACGCAAACCCUGGUCCUGAAAUCUCUUCCUCAAUUCGGCCCUAUCCGUCCUUUGGACUGCCUCCGCUACCCGACUGCCACGCCCAUCUUUGCCAACGUCGUCGAGGGCCUCCGCUUCCCCUUCAUUUACUCCCUUGCGGAUCUUGGCAUUCCUGACAAGCCUCACAGGAACAUUCUCAGGAUGAUGAAGGGGAAACCCUUCAGGAAGCCUGAUAUCUCCAGUAAGGUUCAGGAAAUUCUGGGGAAGGUCGACAGGAAAGAUGGGAUCUUCGUCGACGUUGGGGCGAACGUCGGCAUGGCGACAUUUGCCGCCGCUGCGAUGGGGUUUAAGGUCUUCGCCUUCGAGCCGGUGGUGGAGAACCUUCAGAGGUUGUGCGACGGCGUGUUCCUGAACAGGGUUGGAGAUGCGGUUACGUUGUUCGCGGCGGCCGCGUCUGAUCAGAUCGGGAACAUUACCUUCCAUAAGUUGGUUGGAAGACUUGAUAACAGUGCGAUCUCUGCAAGUGGUGCAAAGUUGACGUUUAAGUCAAACCAGGAGAUUGCUGUUGAGGUGAUGUCUGUUCCAUUGGAUUCGGUCAUACCUGAUUCGCAGCCAGUAGUCCUCCUGAAGAUUGAUGUUCAAGGGUGGGAAUAUCAUGUAUUAAGAGGGGCGGUUAAGCUGUUGUCCAGAAAAGGAAAUGAAGCUCCAUAUCUCAUUUAUGAGGAGGAUGAACGAUUGCUUGCUGCAAGUAAUAGCAGUUCAAAGGAGAUCAGGGAGUUCUUAGCAAGUGUCGGUUAUAAUCAGUGCACACAGCACGGAAAUGAUGCCCACUGUCAGAAGGGCUAAAUCGUGCUCUUUGUCAUAAGGAGUCACCAUUUGUGUUAGGCAUUUCAUUUGGGCAUACAAACGUAGAAGGGAAGCUAGUUCUUCAAUGUACAACAGGAAAACGGCAGGUUCUCCACUGCGUCCACUUCCACCAGCUUGGAGAGCGAUCCAGUAGUCAUCUGCCAAGGUCCCUGCAUUUGUAAUUCUUGGCCUUAUUUUUAGAGUACGGAGCUCAAGAAGUUGUCGAGUGCGAGAACUCCUUUUGUAAUUUUGUUAUGGGAAAGCAUGAAAUUUGUGCAAACUAUGAUCAGUAUACACCAA